AUGUCGGUUUUUAACGCAAACAACAAACACCUCACGGUCUUCCCAGCGGAAAUCUUGGGACAACAAUACUGUCGACUCAAAGAUGUUUCACUUGAUGAUAAUAACAUUACAAUAAUUCCAUACGAAAUAUGUGUCUUGACCGAAUUGACGCAUCUCUCAAUGAAGAACAAUAAACUCGAGAAACUCCCAAACGAACUUUGUACACUCAAUUUAUACCUUUUGAAUGUAAUGGAGAAUUGUUUGACAUCGCUACCAAAGACAAUUGAGAAUUUCACUUUACUCACUGAGCUCAACAUUUCUUCAAAUGAAAUCACCGCAUUACCAGAGACAAUUGUUUCAUUAUCAAAUUUGGUGAGACUCAAUGCCAAUUCAAAUAAACUCAGAAAUAUCCCAGAAAGAUUCCACGAACUCACAAAUUUGACAUACGUCAACCUCUCGCAAAACAAUUUCAACGUUAUACCAACGUCCCUCUUUGAGAAUGAUUCAUUGUUGGAAAUCAACUUGGCGUUUAAUGAUAUUGUCGAUAUUCCGAUGAAUAUCACCAAUUUGACAAAACUGACAAAACUCGAUUUGAACAACAACGAGUUGCACACACUUCCCCCACACUUAUUCACGUUACCCGAACUCGAAAUUUUGCAUUUGGAAGGAAACCCAAUCGAUGAUAUGACUUUUGGACUCGACGUUGUUGACCAAUUUAAGAUAAAUGAAAUAACAUUGAGUUUCCAGAAAACGUUUAGCUUGGCACAACCACUUGAGCCAGUUACUCCACUCAAAGUAAUCAAAGCAAGAAACUCUUUUAUCAAGGAACUACCACCAUCACUCAAAGAGUUUAAAGGACUCGAAGUCGUCGAUUUGGCGUAUAAUGAAAUUACUGAGAUUGUGAAUUUCCCUAAAAGGAUUGUCACCGCAAAUUUCAACUUUAAUAACAUUUCUGUGUGUGACGUUGGAGAAGGGUGUGGGCUUAGACAAUUCUACGCAAAGCACAAUAAACUUACUGAAUUCCCCAAUUCAAUUGCUGGGUGCUCACAACUCGAGGAGUGCGAUCUCUCGUGUAACCUGAUCACCACCUUCCCAGCGAAACUUUGCUCACUCCAAUUACGGUUUUUAGACGUUUCGUUCAACAAACUCUCUUCUCUCGAUAUCGCCAUUUGCAAGUUGAACAAAUUGAAAGUAUUGAAUGUCUCAUUUAACAACUUAAGUUCGGUGCCUUCGUUUAUCAGUUCGCUUAUAUCACUUGAACAACUCUAUUUGACCGGGAACAAAUUGAAAGAACUUCCAAACGAGUUGUCUAGUCUGAGUAACUUAAGUGUGCUCCAUUUGGGCGACAACCAGUUUGCGACCGUCCCAGAAAUUGUGUUGAACUUUCCAAAAAUAAGUCGGCUGUACAUCUCAGGCAACCCAAUAUACUCCUUGAACUCGGUCAUUGGGAUGAACCAAAUCAACACGCUCGACUUCACAAAUUGCUUUGUGAGCAGUUGUGAAGGGAUCUGUGGCAUGAAAUUUUUGAAGCAACUGUUACUGACAAACAACUACAUUUCUAAGCUUCCAACGUUCAAAGACUGUGUUAGUCUUGUCUACGUUGAUUUGGGGUUCAAUUCAUUAAUUGAAAUUCCAUAUUUCACGGAGUGUCACGAAUUGCAGUACAUUGAUGUUUCAUUCAACGAUCUCUAUGAAGACAGAAGUGUUGAAAAUGCGAUUAGAAGGGAAGACGGGUGUCUGAGAAUUCACCAAUUUCCAUUUUUAAAUCGCUUUGCCGACUCGUUAAAAUUCCGUCCUGUCCCGACACGCCUCUCCACGGCGCAGACGUGUUGCGGUGAAGAAAUGCGAAAUUCGAUUCUGUGUAUUCCAAACUUUGCGGGACCAGACCACUUUCUCUUUGGAAUAUCUGAAGGACACAAUGGGAAUUUGACUGCUUUCAAAUUCAAUCAGAGAUUCCCUACCGUCUUCUACGACACUCUGAAAAAGGACGUAACGAUCGAGUAUGCUCUCAAAGAAGCGUUUGGGGUCGUACAAUAUCAGUUUCUGGAUUAUAACGUGCGCGAUGGGACAUGUGUGACUGUUGUGUUUGUAACACCAACUAAGAUCUACACCGCACAAUGCGGGAACAGUAUACCAGUCUAUUUCACUAACAACACGGUUACUGACCUUUGUGAUUAUCAAAAGGCGGCGGAAAAAAGCGAGGAGAAGCGAAUCAAGAGGGAGUGCGGUAUCGUCGAUGAAGACGGGACAGUCUAUGGGUUUGAGUUCUCACGCAGUAUUGGAGAUAUACCAGAAAAGGGAAAAGUCAGUUACGUUCCACAAAUCUCAAUCACAGAGAGAGUGAGUAAUGAGGAAUAUCUCGUUUUGGCGUCGGAGGCGAUGUGGAAAAACGUAUGUAAAACUGACAUCCAACAAUUAUUACAUGGAAAGAGAUACGUUUUCCGAACAGGGGAAAUCGCGUGUUUACUUAAGGACAUCGCUUCUGUUAGUAACUUGAAGGAACCAUGUGGAGAUGUUUCGAUUGUAUUGUGCCGUUUCUAA